AUGGAUGGUGAUACGGUGCGCAGAGAAUUGCACGAGUCUGAUGAUACCUGCGUGGUUUGCUUGUCUCAGAUCACCGAUAGAGCCAUCACCGUCCCGUGUAAUCACUAUGCGUUCGACUUCACCUGCCUGGUGAGUUGGCUGCAGCAACGCUCGGCAUGUCCACUUUGCAAUUCUAAUAUUAGCGCCGUUCAGUACGAAUGGGCGUCUCCUACCGACUACAAAACCUACUCCGUCCGCCGCACUCCUCAGUCACAGCGUGGCGCACACUCGUCCAACCCAGCAACCGCUUUGACCCCUAGGCGGCAACGGAGACCAUACGAGCAACCAAUUCCAGACACUGCGGUCCUUCGGCGUCGUCAUGUCUAUCGCCAUAAAUUGUAUUCCUAUCACAUUGGCGCCAACCUGCAUUCGGGCUAUCGCGAUGUCACCCCUUCCAUGAUCGCCACAUCCCCAGAGCUGCAAUCCAAGGCGCGCACAUGGGUUCGAAGAGAGUUGCGCGUCUUCAGUUUCCUAUUCGCAGACAUCCACGGAGCUCCGCCUCAGGGUGCCACAACAAACAGCAAUGCCGAGUUUUUACUUUCAUAUAUUGUCGCCAUCACAACGAGGGUAGAUCUGAAAGACAGCAGUGGUCAUGCAGAGGAUUUACUACAGGAGUAUGUUGGACGUGCGAAUGCCAGGUUGUUCUUACAUGAGCUGAACGAAUGGAUGCGCAGUCCAUUUAUCAAAGUUCAAGAGUGGGAUCGCAACACGUAUUAUAAGGAACUAUUGCCAGAGCGUUUCGAUGAUGAAGGGUUUGCGGUUUCAUGA